AUGGCUACCUCGGAUAAGUGGAGUUCGUCGACGGAUGAGGUUGAGAAGCGGAUUAUAAAUGAGGUUGAGAACCUUCACCUGAAGGAAGAACAAGUUGUCGGUCGUGGCAGAGGACGUGGUAUUACCCCUGCGAGUCCAUUACAUUCCGAGAAUGGCUCCGUUGGACUUCCAAUCUCGUCCGGAGUUGUUGAAAGGGGUUUACAGCAUGGGCUUCAACAAGCCUUCGAAAAUUCAGGAAUCGACACUGCCCUUCAUUUUGUCUCAACCGUGAGUAUUAUCAUGAUUCCCGUCAAUGUGAUAGCUCAAAGUCAAAGUGGAACUGGAAAGACCGCAGCCUUCGCCAUAACGAUGAUCAACUGUGUGGACACCAGUCGACCAGGUCCACAGGCGCUUUGCUUGUCACCUACGUUCGAACUUGCACGUCAGACUGGAGAAGUUAUUCAGAAAAUGGCUAAGUACUGCACUGAUGUAACGAUGCGAUACGUUGUUCGCGGUGAAGAAUUCAGACGCGGAGAAAAGAUCAGCGAACACAUCAUUAUCGGAACUCCAGGGAAAGUUAUGGAUUGGAUCACGAAGUUCAGAGUGUUAGACGUCCGUGAUGUUCGUGUUUUUGUUCUGGAUGAAGCGGAUGUUAUGAUAGCAAUGCAGGGUCAUCAAGACCAAUCUUUAAGAAUUCACAAGACUCUUCCGCAGACUUGCCAAAUGCUUCUGUUUUCUGCGACAUACGACGAGGAAGUCAUGAACUUUGCUUCGAAAGUCAUCAAGGAUCCCAUGAUCUUCCGACUAAGACGUGACGAAGAAAGCUUGGACAACAUAAAGCAGUACUACAUCAAGUGUGCCUCGAAAGAAGAGAAAUAUAACGCCAUCUUGAAUAUAUAUGGAGUGAUAACAGUGGGGCAGGCGAUCAUUUUUUGCCAUACGCGGCAGACCGUCCUUUGGCUCACGGAGAAGAUGGUCAAGGAUCACCACACCGUUGGUAUGUUAACCGGAGAGCUGACCACUGAACAACGUAUUGCGGUUCUUGACAGAUUUCGGAAGGGAGAAGAAAAAGUUCUGAUUACUACGAAUGUGUUAUCUAGAGGUAUCGACAUCGAGCAAGUUACGCUCGUGAUAAAUUAUGAUCUCCCGGUGGACUUGAAAAACCGCGCUGACUGUGAAACGUAUUUGCAUCGAAUCGGAAGAACGGGACGCUUCGGAAAAAGUGGCAUUGCGAUCAACUUGGUCGAUGGACAACAGUCAAUGAACGUUUUACGAGAAAUUGAGCAACAUUUCAAUCGGAAAAUUGAACUUCUUGAUGCUCAUGAUGCUGACGAGAUUGAAAAGCUAAAUCAACAUAAAUUUAACCAUUUUGAGUCGCAGUCCGAAGGAUUCCCCGUGUUUUCAAAAAUCUGUUACCCCGAACUAUUCGAAAUGGCGACAGAAGUGAUUCAAGAAGCCGAUAAGGUCCCCAGGUCGAAGAAACAUUCGAAACCGAAGGAUAUGUUGAUGGAAACUGAUGGUCUACCGAGCCAUCCGAGUAGUUCGACUGACAAAGGCGAAGGUCUCCGGCAAUAUUACGUCACGAAAAUCGAGGAGUUGCAGUUGACGGUAUCUGAGCGCAGUCAAAACUUACGUCGUCUUCAAGCCCAGCGAAACGAACUGAAUGCGAAAGUGAGAAUGUUGCGAGAAGAGCUGCAACUUCUCCAAGAACAAGGUUCUUAUGUGGGUGAAGUCGUUAGGCCGAUGGACAAGAAAAAGGUUCUUGUGAAAGUCCAUCCAGAGGGAAAGUUCGUCGUGGACAUCGAUAAAAACAUCGACAUGAACCAAGUGACUGCCAACUGCCGAGUAGCAUUGCGGAACGACAGCUAUGCUUUGCAUAAAAUUUUGCCGAACAAAGUGGACCCUCUUGUGUCUCUUAUGAUGGUUGAAAAAGUGCCUGACAGCACCUACGAAAUGGUUGGCGGCCUGGAUAAACAGAUAAAGGAAAUCAAAGAGGUUAUUGAACUCCCUGUUAAGCAUCCUGAGCUUUUUGAUGCCUUGGGUAUUGCGCAACCGAAAGGUGUUCUGCUUUACGGUCCUCCUGGAACUGGUAAAACCCUCUUGGCGCGUGCUGUUGCUCAUCAUACAGAGUGCACUUUCAUUCGUGUGAGUGGCUCUGAACUGGUGCAGAAGUUUAUUGGUGAAGGGUCCCGAAUGGUUCGUGAGUUGUUCGUCAUGGCAAGAGAACACGCUCCUUCCAUCAUUUUCAUGGACGAAAUCGAUUCAAUCGGAUCUUCUCGUCUUGAAGCUGGUAGUGGAGCAGAUUCCGAAGUCCAGCGUACCAUGUUGGAAUUGCUUAACCAACUGGAUGGAUUUGAAGCCACGAAAAAUAUAAAGGUCAUUAUGGCGACGAACCGGAUAGAUAUCUUGGAUUCAGCGCUUCUGCGCCCGGGAAGAAUCGACCGUAAAAUUGAAUUCCCACCACCAAAUGAAGAAGCUCGUUUGGAUAUUCUGAAGAUCCAUUCUAGAAAGAUGAACCUGACACGUGGAAUCAAUCUUCGGAAAAUUGCGGAAGUUAUGCCGGGAGCCUCUGGUGCUGAAGUGAAGGGUGUCUGUACGGAAGCCGGAAUGUACGCGUUGCGUGAGAGACGUGUUCAUGUGACGCAAGAGGAUUUCGAAAUGGCCGUUGCCAAAAUCAUGCAGAAGGACUCGGAGAAGAAUAUGUCCAUCAAGAAACUAAGUAAAUGUGACGUAUGUUUUACGAAGUGUCGUAGACCGAGAUUCUUCGUGAUGGGAGAACUUGAUCAGCUAGAGCAUCUUGCUCUUGUGUCCAAGGUGUGCUUGGAACUUGAAAACAAUGUUGGGAUCAACGACAAAGAUCUUGCUGAAUUUAUUAUCGACCUCGCUACGAAAAGUAGUACGUGUGAAGGAUUCAAGUCAAAACUCCAGGAUAACGGAGGUGAAAUGCCGGAUUCUUUAAUGUCAAAUUUAUAUCGCCUCAUCAAAGAACUGCAAACUGAGAAGCAGGCAUCCUCUGGAAGUAAGACCGCAAAUUCCGGCGAAGUUCAUCCCUUCAUGACAGUAAAAGAGAAGAAGAUGAGAACCUUGUUCCCUGGCUUGUGCAUUCCUGAUGGAACUCCAGCUGUUGUAUCCGAUGAGGAAUCGACGAAAGCAACGGAAGAACCUGCCAAAACUGUUAAAACUGACGAUAAGAAGGUGGUUGAUGACACUAUGGCUUUGUUGGAGUCCAUGGCUACCUCUGCGAUUCUGACCGUAGGAAUCGAAACGUUCGGCAUCGUUCUCGGUCGAGAGGUCGGAAAGAUCGGAGCAGAAGUCAAUCCAGGGAUCGACGUGAUCGUAGUAGAAGUGGAUCUCGAGACAGACAUGACCGUCGUGAUCGAAGAAGACAUCGAAGUCGAUCACGCUCGAGGGACCGCGACAGACGUGACCGGAGAGACCGCGAUCGAGAUCGUCGUGAAAGGUCAUCGUCGCGCGAUCGAGAUCGUCGGGGACGGUCGUCGUCGCGCAAACACUCAAAACGCGAUCGCUCCCGAAAUUUAUCCGGGGAAAAUUACUAGCAUCACGGCAUUUGGAGCGUUUGUUCAACUAGAGAACUUACAGAAGAAAUGGAUAGGCCUUGUGCACAUUUCCCAGUUGCGGCGAGAAGGAAGAGUAAAAAAUGUUUCUGAUGUUGUCUCGGUCGGGCAAAGUAUCAAGGUCAAGGUUUUAUCAAUCACUGGUCAGAAGAUGUCGUUGUCAAUGAAGGAUGUUGAUCAAAAGACAGGCGAAGACUUAAACCCAAUUGCCGGAGGUUUUGGAAAGCCUGCCAUGUUGAAUGAAGACGAUACUUUUGGUCGUAACCCAGAUCGACCGAAUAACCUGAUCGAAUCUGCAAACCUUCGCGGACUUUUGAAUGGGGAUCAAGAGGAUGAUUCGAUAAGCCGUCGCCGUGUUCAACGCAUUUCAUCUCCAGAACGAUGGGAAAUAAAGCAGAUGAUGGCCGCGAACUGUAUUGACAAAUCCGAGCUCCCCGACUUCGAUGAAGAAACUGGCAUUUUGCCGAAAGAAUUGGAUGACGACGAAGAAGAAAUCGAAGUUGAACUUGUGGAAGAAGAAGCCCCUUUUCUUCGGGGCCACGGCCGUGCAGCAUUGCACGACUUGUCACCUGUAAGGAUUGUGAAAAAUCCGGACGGUUCGCUCGCGCAGGCUGCGAUGAUGCAGAAUGCUCUAUCGAAAGAGCGGCGUGAGAUUAAAAUGCUGCAGAGAGAGCAAGAAAUGGACUCCGUUCCUUCUGGGUUGAAUGUGCAUUGGAUUGAUCCCAUGCCGGAUUCCGACGGCCGCCAAAUUGCCGCGAAUUUAAGAGGCGUUGGUACAAUGCAACAAGAAGUUCCGGAAUGGAAAAAAGCGGUUACCGGAGGAUCUAAGGGUUCAUACGGCAAGAAAACGAAUCUCUCUAUCAUGGAGCAGCGCCACAGUUUGCCAAUUUAUAAGUUGAAAGAUGAGCUGAUCAAGAGUAUCACCGAUAAUCAGAUACUGAUAGUAAUUGGAGAAACUGGCAGUGGGAAAACGACGCAAAUGACGCAAUACCUCGCGGAAGCUGGAUUCACGGCGAGGGGAAAAAUAGGUUGCACUCAGCCCAGACGUGUUGCCGCCAUGUCAGUCGCCAAGCGGGUUUCUGAAGAAUAUGGCUGUCGGUUGGGUCAGGAAGUUGGUUACACUAUUCGAUUCGAGGACUGUACAUCUCCAGAAACUAUGAUAAAAUACAUGACAGACGGUAUGCUCCUUCGAGAGUGCCUGCUAGACCCUGAUCUCAAAGGUUAUUCCGUGAUCAUGUUAGACGAAGCUCACGAAAGAACAAUCCAUACUGACGUCUUGUUCGGUUUGCUGAAAAAAGCUGUACAGAAGAGGGAGGAGCUAAAGUUGAUAGUUACGUCCGCCACGCUGGACGCAACGAAAUUUUCCGAAUACUUCUUCGAGGCACCUAUCUUCACUAUCCCUGGCCGGGUAUUCCCUGUUGAGAUUUUGUAUACCCGAGAACCUGAAACGGAUUAUUUGGAUGCGUCACUCAUCACGGUUAUGCAAAUUCAUCUCAGCGAACCCCCAGGCGAUGUUCUUUUGUUUCUCACUGGUCAAGAGGAAAUCGAUACGGCGUGCGAAAUUUUGUACGAGCGAACUAAAGCUCUGGGCCCUGGUGUCCCGGAAUUGAUAAUCCUUCCAGUUUACUCGUCGCUGCCCUCUGAAAUGCAGUCGAGAAUCUUCGAACCUGCUCCUCCAGGUUCACGAAAGGUCAUCAUUGCGACAAACAUAGCUGAGACGUCUUUAACGAUCGACGGUAUCUUCUACGUCGUGGAUCCGGGGUUCGUGAAACAAAAGGUUUAUAAUUCAAAGUCUGGUAUGGACUCUUUGGUCGUCACGCCGAUUUCACAGGCUCAAGCGAAGCAGAGAGCUGGCCGUGCUGGUCGCACUGGUCCGGGCAAGUGCUAUCGCCUCUACACCGAAAGAGCGUAUCGAGAUGAAAUGUUGACCACGCCAGUCCCAGAAAUACAGCGGACGAAUUUGGCAGCUACGGUGCUCCAGCUGAAGGCGAUGGGUAUCAACGACCUAUUGCAUUUUGAAUUCAUGGACCCGCCGCCACCGGAAACGCUCGUUAUGGCGUUAGAACAGUUGCAUUCUCUUUCGGCACUUGACGAUGAAGGCCUCUUGACUCGUUUAGGCCGCAGAAUGGCCGAGUUUCCGCUUGAGCCUACACUGGCUAAAGUUCUGAUCAUGUCCGUGCAACUAAAAUCGUCGGACGAAAUGUUAACUAUUGUGAGCAUGCUUUCAGUUCAGAAUGUGUUCUAUCGUCCGCGUGACAAGCAAGCUAUUGCUGAUCAGAAAAAGGCAAAGUUUAAUCAAGCGGAAGGGGAUCAUUUAACACUUCUCGCCGUCUAUAACGCUUGGAAAAACAACAAGUUUUCCAACGCAUGGUGUUACGACAAUUUCGUUCAAAUCAGAACGUUGAAGCGUGCCCAAGACGUUCGGAAACAGUUAUUGGGCAUCAUGGAUCGUCAUAAGCUGGAUGUUGUCUCCUGUGGGAAAAGCACGUACAAAGUGCAACAAGCCGUGUGUUCGGGUUUCUUCCGUAACGCUGCGAAGAAGGAUCCUCAAGAAGGCUAUCGAACGCUUGUGGAUCAUCAAGUGGUUUACAUUCACCCGUCAUCGGCUUUGUUUAAUCGUCAGCCAGAAUGGGUGGUGUAUCACGAGCUCGUGAUGACGACGAAGGAAUACAUGAGAGAAGUUACGACGAUCGAUCCGAAGUGGUUGGUUGAAUUCGCGCCGGCUUUCUUCAAAGUGUCCGAUCCCACGAAGCUGUCCAAGUUCAAGAAACAUCAACGCUUGGAGCCCUUGUACAACAAGUACGAAGAACCGAAUGCCUGGCGUAUAUCCCGUGUUCGUCGACGUAGGAAUUAGGUUUCCUUUUCUUACCUGUUAUUCGACUGCGUGUGGCUUUGAAUGUCGUUUAUUUUGAGCGGAGAUGAAAGUUCUCAUUUUGCGUUAA